GUCUCAUGAUGCUCGAGUCCGAAGCACCGCUGCAUUUAUAUGCAGAGCUCCUUCCAAACAUCCGCCAAAUCACAAUCUACGUAUCCUUGCCCGAGUCCGCAGCAUUUGACGAAAUCCGCCCAAAUGUCCAACUUUCAGAGUCGCGAAAGGCCAUAACCGUCUCACUACCAGCCCCUUUCCAAGAUAUCACAGAAACAAUGAAACUUCCGGCGCGCGCGUCCUACCCAUCUAAGCGCGACUUGGAGACCCAAGGCGCAAACCGAUUCGUCAAAACGAGCGGCGGAAACCGUGAAUUCUCUCUUCGCGUGCACGUUGAUGACAAUGACGAGGUGCUGGCGCCUCGAGAUGAGCUGAUAGACGAUUUUGUGCCCUGGACCGCAGAUAAGAUGUCCGGGUCAACGAGAAUUCGCUGUCGGCAUUGUGAUCAGCAUUUCUUGGGUUCUUUGUCAGCAUCCACGUCCACGAGUGAUCAGGAUGAAGAGAACAAUGAGUCUUGGAUCUGGAAAGACUUGCCCAGUGGUAAUUGGGCUGAAAUGAUGGACUUUUGGCAUUGCCACAAGCCUGACCCCCACGAAGGCCACGAGAAAGAUGAGAAAGAGACCGCGCUUCGGAUCGAGGAUGAAACGGCACAUACCAAAGGCUAUGGCGCAGAUAGUCAGGUAGUCGCCAUAUCGGGAACUGUGCUCGUGGAUGUUGCCACUUUCCUCCUUGCCGAGUCGGAUUGUAUUGGACUUGAAAAGGGCAAUGACCAAGAGCAAAAGUUCAACACCGAAUAUUCUGCAGAUAGAACAUUGGACUGCACCAAAUGCAGAUCCAUCAUCGGCAUGGAGGACCCCGUCGCCAAUGGAUGGCGACUACUCAAGGCCAGUGUUUCUUUGAACACAAAACAGGACUUCGAAUCAAGUUCGCCACAGUGGGAGACCCAUCCGACAGAAGUUAUAGUCGCUGCUCAAUUGCUCGAAUUGAUCGAGCGCGAAAGCGCCCGCCGAUUUGUUGUCCACUGUGGUCAAAAGAGCGGCCUCGUGCUGUGGGUCUUCAAUCCUGACAUGCGAUACUCGAAACUCAGUGCCGAUCAUAGUGUCAUGGCCCAGCAGGCUAUGAAAGUCUUCUUCCAGGACACAGCAGAUGUCGAUGGUUUGCUUCACCCAGAGAUCGGUAAUCCAUCGCCCUUGUCCGUGGAAGAAGUUGAGCUUCCGUCAAUGGUGUUUGAGGCCAUGGAGAAAGCAUUGAGGGACAGCAACGCGAUGCUCCCAGUGUCUGCAAGAAAAUUUCAGGAGUGGCAAGUUGGACUUCUGAGUCGUUUCAACCGAGGACCAGUUUAA